CUGAUUUCGACAUUUUCAGGUUCUUUCACGUCCGGCGUGUUCCGUGGCAGUACGCGUGUUGAGAAGACGCAGAUUUAAUUAAACAAAAAGAUGGUAGCCAAGAAGAAGCAGAAGAAGUCCCAGGAUGGCAUCAACGCCAGAUUGGCUCUGGUCAUGAAGUCAGGAAAAUGUGUUCUGGGCUACAAACAGACGCUUAAGUCGCUUCGGCAAGGCAAAGCAAAAUUGGUCAUCAUAGCCAACAACACACCUCCUCUAAGGAAAUCAGAGAUCGAAUAUUAUGCCAUGUUGGCCAAGACUGGUGUCCACCACUAUAUGGGAAACAACAUAGAAUUAGGUACCGCAUGCGGAAAAUACUUUAGGGUAUGCACCCUUUCUAUAACAGACCCAGGAAACUCUGACAUCAUCAAGUCUAUGCCCAUGGGUGAUCAGGCAUAAAUGUAUAUUUUUUAUUAAAUAAAAAUAUAAAAAAGAUUUUA